UGAACCCGCCGCUCUCUUCAGCUGUCCAGUCAGUAUACUUCGUUUUUCGCGUGGACGUGCUCGGACGUCUGCUCGUUUUCUCUCCUGCUUUUAGCGCCGUGUAUUUGUAUUUUAUUCAGGAUCUGAGGUCUGAUCGCUCGUUUCUUCCAUAAGGCAUCGCAUUGGCAAUAACUGCCGAGAUAAAAUAACCGAAAACAUGGAAUCUAGUGAACCAAAGAACUCGAUGAACGAAAAGAGCUACAUUCUGGAUAACUCGAGGAAGCCCUUCGAGGACGGAGGCAGCCUCGGUUCCGAAGAUUCUUUCGACGACAUGAGACGACUCGUUAGGGAAGACGAGCCGGAGAACUCGGGAAAAUUCACAAGUUUGCCACUGGCCAGCUUCAACUUCAUCAAUUCUAUCAUUGGCAGCGGUGUCAUCGGUAUACCCUAUGCCCUUCAUCAAGCUGGAUUCGGCCUUGGAAUCGCUCUGUUGGUCAUCGUUGCGAUACUCACGGAUUAUUCCUUGAUCCUGAUGGUCAGAAGUGGCCACCUCUGCGGGGAAAUGAGCUACCAGGGUCUGAUGCGCGCGAGUUUCGGUCGACCUGGAUUCUACAUCCUAACGGCUCUGCAAUUUAUCUAUCCGUUCAUCGCAAUGGUAUCGUACAACGUCGUCGUGGGCGAUACUGUGACCAAAGUCCUCAUCCGAGUGACAGGACUCGAUCCUGACAGCUUCAUCGUAAAACGCGAGGUGGUCAUCUUCCUGGCGACGCUUCUCGUCGUCAUUCCUCUAUGCCUCUACAGAAACGUCGCAAAGUUGGCGAAGAUCUCGUUUCUUUCGCUCGUCUGCGUUGGCUUCAUCCUCCUCGCGAUUUUCAUCAGAAUGGACUCCAUGUCUUCGAUUGUGCCAAGUCACCCGGACAGCUGGAAAUUCGGCAACAUAGCAGGAAUCGUACCAGCGGUUGGAAUAAUGGCCUUCGCCUUCAUGUGUCAUCACAACACGUUCCUCAUCUACGGAUCGAUCGAACGGGCGACUCAAGAGAAAUGGGAUGUGGUGACGCAUUGGUCUCUUUUCACUUCGUUCCUUAUCGCUGCGGCUUUUGGUAUCGCUGGUUAUGCCACGUUCACCGGCUAUGUCCAGGGUGACCUUAUGGAGAACUACUGCUGGGACGACGAUCUCAUGAACUUUUCCAGGAUCAUGUUCAGUGGGACUAUUCUGCUCACCUUCCCCAUCGAGUGCUUCGUUACCCGUGAGGUGAUAAUGACGGCGAUACGAGGAACCGACGAGGUCGAGAACCACGACGCCUACAUAGCGGGCUCGGACCGCAAGUACCUGAUAAUCACGAUGGCGAUAAUCUCGGUGGCCUAUCUUAUCUCCAUGUCGACCGACUGUCUCGGCAUCGUCCUCGAGCUCAAUGGUAUCCUCGCCGCGGUACCUCUGGCUUACGUUUUACCUGCGCUCUGCUAUCUCAAGCUCGAAGAGGGAAGUCUUCUCUCCCAGAAGAAACUCCCAGCCCUGGCACUUCUGGUAGCCGGUGUCUUCGCUGCAGUUUCAGGACUACUGCUUCUCAUCUUCAACAACACGUCCGCUGCUUCCUGCGUUCACGGGCAAAUCAUGUCCUACUGUCAGAGCCCAAAUUCGACUGAUGUCACCUCGACUACUUUCAAACCGAGCAGCACAACGGCUUCUUCCAUUCUGACCAGUCUUCUCACGAGUCCAGCCUCUGCGACGACUGUUACUACUACUGCUGCAACCACCGCAGCCACUUCUACCCUUGCCUCCACCACCACCAGCACCACCACAACGACGCUUCCGAGAUAAACACUCGUAAAGCAAAUUUUUUUAACUUAAUUCUUUACUUUCACUUCGACGCUAUACUGCUAUUUCUUUCUGACUUGUAACGGCUGAAGCAUAGUAUUAUAUAUAUAUUUACAUAUAUAUACUGAGUAACGCUCUUCGGACUGAGUAUGAUUAUUAUUGAAAAUCAAACGGAACAAUCAAAACGUUUGACAUUGAUUUACACAAGGAAAACUUUAUGACGUAUACA